AAUGCCAAAUUAAUUUAACUAACAACUUAUACAAUUUAGUGGUCUUCACUAUUAAAAUAAUAAUAAAUCUCUUGCAUAAAUACUAUGGCUAACUCUUAUUCAUUAAUCAUUCACAUAGUGAUUUUAGUGAAAAAGGAAGAGAAAAAUUAAGAGUGAAGUGAAGAAGAACAUGGCAAGCUCAAUGCAACAACAAGAAGUGAGUAAUGGUAACAACAAUAAUCGCAUUGUAGCUGUCAAUGUGACCCCUUCUGGUACACCAUCUCAUGAACAUGACUUCUCGAAACCCGAUCAGACACCAGGAUGGAAAAAGUUCUUGGCAUAUGUAGGACCUGGUUUUCUUGUCUCCUUGGCUUAUCUUGAUCCUGGAAAUAUGGAAACUGAUUUGCAAGCAGGAGCUAACCAUGGAUAUGAGCUGUUGUGGAUCAUACUUAUUGGACUCAUAUUUGCCCUUAUAAUUCAGUCAUUGGCUGCAAAUCUUGGAGUAUGCACCGGAAAACAUCUUUCAGAAAUUUGUAAAGCAGAGUACCCAUUAUUUGUGAAGUACUGCUUAUGGAUAUUAGCAGAGCUUGCUGUCAUAGCUGCAGACAUACCUGAAGUGAUUGGGACAGCUUUUGCACUUAACAUACUCUUUCACAUCCCAGUAUGGGGAGGAGUUCUGCUGACUGGAUGCAGCACUCUCUUGUUUUUGGGUCUGCAAAGAUUUGGGGUGAGGAAGUUGGAACUGCUGAUAUCAAUCUUAGUAUUUGUAAUGGCUGCAUGUUUCUUUGGAGAAAUGAGCUAUGUAAAACCACCUGCUUCUGGUGUUAUUGAGGGAAUGUUUGUCCCCAAACUCAAAGGAAAUGGUGCCGUAGCCGAUGCUAUUGCCCUUUUGGGUGCCCUUAUCAUGCCGCAUAAUCUUUUUCUCCACUCUGCUUUGGUUCUGUCUAGAAAAAUACCUGGUUCUAAGCGCGGCAUCAAUGAUGCAUGUAGAUACUUUCUCAUUGAGAGUGGUUUCGCUUUGUUUGUGGCAUUUCUAAUCAAUAUUGCAAUGAUUUCUGUCACUGGCACUGUUUGCAAAGCCGAUGACCUUUCUGGAGAGAAUGUUGAUCGCUGCAAUGAUCUUACACUCAACUCCGCUUCUUUCCUUCUCAAGAAUGUGUUGGGACGUUCAAGCUCAAUCAUCUAUGCCAUAGCAUUACUAGCUUCAGGACAGAGUUCUGCCAUCACUGGAACCUAUGCAGGCCAAUUUAUCAUGCAGGGUUUCUUGGACUUGAAGAUGAAAAAAUGGCUUAGGAAUUUGGUGACUAGGAUUGUUGCCAUAGCACCUAGUCUUGUAGUCUCUAUCAUCGGUGGUUCUUCUGGGGCCGGAAGACUUAUCAUCAUUGCAUCGAUGAUACUUUCUUUUGAGCUUCCAUUCGCUUUAAUUCCGCUCCUUAAGUUUAGCAGCAGCAGUACCAAGAUGGGACCUCACAAGAAUUCUAUGAUUAUCAUUGUUAUCUCAUGGAUACUAGGUUUAGGAAUCAUUGGUAUCAAUGUGUACUACCUCAUUACUGCUUUUGUGGGUUGGUUAAUUCAUAGCACUCUACCAAAGGUGGCAAAUGUGUUCAUUGGGAUGAUAGUGUUUCCUCUAAUGGCACUCUAUGUUGUAUCAGUUAUCUAUCUAACCUUCAGAAAAGAUACUGUUAAAACAUUUGUGGAGGUUAAGGAUGACCCAGCAAUGCAAACCCACGUAGAAAAGGGGUUUGUAAAUAAUGGUCAGGUAGAGUUGAGUUAUGCUCCUUACAGAGAAGAUUUAGCUGCUGAAAUCGCGCUGCCAGAGGGACCUAGGUUGUGAGUCAAAUGCAGCACCAACUUCUCAUUGCUUUCGGGUCAUUUUAGUGAGCAAAGAGAACCUGAUGAUGUCUAAUUUUAAAAUGAUUCUGUACUACUGUAAAAUUUUGUUAAGUUUCAUUGUUUCUAUGUUAUAUUAUAAGUGUUUAAAAGAAAGCAAGAUUGGUAUAAGCCCCAAAGUCAAAUGGUCUACAAAUUUCUUGAAUAAUCAACCCACCAAAUAAUAGACUACUGUCAGUGUUUCCAUUGAAGUCGAAGGCACGAGUGAAGAGAAGAUCUUAUAUCCUGUACUCGGUGUAUAUCGACCAUUUUUUCUGAGAAUGUUACUUUUGUUCCUUUUCUUGUGUCUUUUUCUACCUUGUAAUCAGGAUGAUAAAAUGCAGGACACUGCAUUAACAACAUUCUCACUUUGUCUCUUCACUUUCCAACUUUUUAACCAAGACCAUUGUUUAAACAUUCUA